AUGUUCGAUGAGGCCAACAAUUCUUUCUCGCAAAUCUCAAUAGAUAUUCCCUGUCCGCUUAGCUCAAUCGAAGAGCAUAUGGAGGAAGAGAGUAGUUUUUAUAGGGGCAAUGAUAUGUUGUGCCGAUUAUGCGAAAGUAAAGAAGGGUUCGGGCCAAUUUCCUUCUAUGGAGACUUCACGAUAUGUUUCAUUGAUGGUGUCCUGUUGAGUUUGUCUGCUCUGUUCAUGCUCGUCUUUGGCACUAGAGAGCUUGUUAAAAUUUGCCGCAAGCCUCACCCCGGUAUUAAGUAUAGAAGGAAUUGGCUAAUCUUCUCGAGAAUUGCAUUAGUCAUGCUACAACUUGUUUUUGUGUGUGUUGCGUUCGGAAAGUCCAAUGGAACCGUGGAAUCCGAGCCAGUAUCUCAGAUACAAUACACUCUGACACUAUUGUCAAUGUUUGUAUCUCUCAGUCUCCAUUGGGUUGAAUACAACAGGUGUAAAGUCUCUAACGGUGUUUUAUUGUUCUAUUGGCUUUUUGAAGCGGCAUUCAACCUAUUCAAAGCAGCCAACUUCGAAAUCAGACAUACAUAUGAGCACACCUGGCCUGUCCGGCAUGAUAUUUUCGUAUUGACUGUCUUCCAGUGUGUGAACGCCAUUUUCAUUCUCCUACUCGAAUCGUUAUUUCAAAAACCUAAGUUGCCAUACCAGGAGAUUACUCAGUAUUCCAAGCAUAAGAGAAGUCCUUACGAUUCAGCUAACAUAUUUUCAAAGAUAUCCUUUUCUUGGAUGACUGCGAUGAUGAAGACUGGCUACGAAAAAUAUCUCACUGAAGAUGACCUAUACAGGCUUCCAGCAAACUUUGGCAGUUCUGACAUUUCUAAAAGAUUCAGCCAUUACUGGGACAAUGAAAUUAAGCAUAAAUCGAAACCUUCUUUGCCGUGGGCGAUGUGCUUAACCUUUGGUGGCAAGCUACUGCUGGGUGCUAGUUUUAAAGUUAUACACGAUAUCCUUGCUUUCACACAACCUCAAUUGCUGAGAUUGUUGAUCAAGUUUGUGUCCGAUUACACAGAAAAUGACAAAGUUAGCCAGCCAAUUGUUAAGGGAUUUAUAAUUUCAAUUGGUAUGUUUCUCGUCAGUGUUAUACAAACUUCGGUUCUUCACCAGUAUUUCUUGAAUGCUUUUGACACAGGAAUGAAUAUUAAGAGCGGUUUGACGUCUGUAAUUUACCAAAAAUCUCUGGUAUUAUCGAAUGAGGCAUCUUCCACGUCGUCGACGGGUGAUAUUGUCAAUCUAAUGAGUGUGGACGUUCAAAGGCUUCAGGAUUUGACUCAGUGGGGCCAGGUCAUUUGGUCAGGACCUUUUCAAAUAAUUUUAUGUUUGAUUUCUUUGUACAAUCUGUUAGGGCCUUGCAUGUGGGUUGGUGUGAUCAUCAUGGUCAUAAUGAUUCCAGUCAACUCAGUUAUAAUGAGAAUUCAGAAAAAGCUGCAAAAAAUUCAAAUGCGAAACAAAGAUGAAAGAACCAGGAUUAUAAGUGAAAUUCUGAACAACAUCAAGUCUUUGAAAUUGUAUGGUUGGGAAGAUCCUUAUAAAAAGAAACUGGAUCAUGUAAGAAACGAAAAAGAGCUGAAAAACUUGACAAAAAUGGGUUGUACUCUCGCCUUGGCUAGUUUCCAAUUUAACAUAGUGCCAUUUUUGGUUUCAUGUUCAACGUUUGCUGUGUUUGUGUUGACUCAAAAGGAUCGUGCUUUGACCACAGAUUUAGUCUUUCCAGCAUUAACGCUUUUUAAUCUCUUAUCUUUUCCUCUCGCAGUAAUUCCAAAUGCCAUCACAUCUUUCAUCGAAGCAUCUGUUUCUGUGAAUAGAUUGUAUGGAUUUUUGACCAAUGAGGAGCUUCAAAGAGAUGCUGUUCAAAGAAAACCAAAAGUAACAAAAGUGGGUGACGUCGCUAUUAGUGUUAGUGGUGAUGCCACAUUCUUAUGGCAGAGAAAGCCUGAAUACAAGGUGGCUUUGAAGAAUAUAAACUUCCAGGCCAGAAAGGGUGAACUCACUUGCAUAGUUGGUAGAGUGGGAAGUGGCAAGAGUGCUCUUAUUCAUAGUAUUUUGGGAGAUUUGUUUAGGGUGAAAGGGUUUGCGACUGUGCACGGUAACGUUGCAUACGUUUCACAAGUUCCAUGGAUCAUGAAUGGAACAGUUAAAGACAAUAUUCUUUUUGGGCAUAAAAAUGAUCCUGAGUUUUACGAAAAGACGAUUCGUGCGUGUGCUCUAACUGUUGAUUUGUCUAUUCUUCCUUUGGGAGAUCAAACCUUAGUGGGUGAAAAGGGUAUAUCUCUUUCUGGAGGGCAGAAGGCCCGAUUAUCUCUUGCAAGAGCUGUUUACGCCAGAGCAGAUACGUAUUUACUUGACGAUCCGUUGGCUGCGGUGGACGAGCAUGUGGCCAGACAUCUUGUGGAACAUGUUUUAGGGCCAAAUGGCUUAUUGAGUACGAAAACCAAAGUUUUGGCAACCAACAAGAUUUCCGUUCUGUCAAUUGCCGAUUCAAUUACCUUACUGGAAAAUGGUGAAAUUGUGCAACAAGGUUCCUUCGAAGAGGUAUGCAAAGAUAAAGAUUCUUCUUUGUCAAAACUGAUUGCUGAAUAUGGUAAGAAAAGUGACAAGGGUGAUAGGUCUUCGCCAGAUACGAGUUUGGAAGAAAGCAUAGACCUAAAGAAACUAGAUGAUAAUAUUUCUGACAAUGAAUCCCGUAGUUUGAGGAGGGCAAGCGAUGCUACUCUUCGUAGUAUAGGUUUUGGAGAUGAAGAAGCACCUCACAGGAGGGAACAUCGUGAACAAGGGAAAGUCAAAUGGAACAUUUACCUAGAAUAUGCAAAGGCUUGUAAUCCAAAACAUGUGUGCGUUUUCUUAGUUUUCAUCGUGUUAUCGAUGUUUUUAUCGGUUAUGGGUAAUGUUUGGUUGAAGCAUUGGUCUGAAGUCAAUACUAAAUAUGGCUAUAAUCCUCAUGCCGCAAAAUACCUAGGUAUUUACUUUGUUCUAGGUUUAGGAUCAGCUUUAUCGACAUUGAUUCAAACGGUGAUUCUGUGGGUUUUUUGUACUAUUCAUGGUUCCAGGUAUUUGCAUGAUUCUAUGGCAAAAUCAGUUUUGAGGGCACCAAUGGCAUUUUUUGAAACAACCCCGAUUGGUAGAAUUCUCAACAGAUUCUCAAAUGAUAUUUAUAAAGUGGAUGAGCUUUUAGGUAGAACUUUUUCGCAGUUCUUUGUUAAUGUUGUGAAGGUCACUUUCACAAUCAUUGUUAUUUGUUCCUCAACUUGGCAGUUUCUUUUGGUUAUCUUACCCUUAAGCAUACUGUAUAUCUAUUAUCAACAGUACUACUUGAGGACUUCAAGGGAGCUUCGUCGCUUAGACUCCGUUACGAGAUCCCCUAUAUACGCGCACUUCCAAGAGACAUUAGGAGGUAUUAGUACGAUUAGAGGGUACGGUCAACAGAGAAGAUUUAUUCAUAUCAAUCAGGCCCGUGUCGAUAAUAAUAUGAGUGCCUAUUAUCCAGCCGUUAACGCAAAUCGUUGGUUAGCUUUCAGAUUAGAGUUUAUUGGUUCGAUUAUUAUCUUAGGCGCAGCAACGCUUGCUGUAAUGAGAUUGAAACAAGGCACUUUAACCGCUGGUAUGAUCGGUCUAUCUUUAAGUUAUGCACUUCAAAUUACUCAAUCCUUGAAUUGGAUUGUGAGAAUGACAGUGGAAGUUGAAACAAACAUUGUAUCCGUGGAGAGAAUAAAGGAAUACUCGGAACUAAAAUCGGAAGCACCAGCUGUUAUCGAAUCGAGUAGGCCAGCACCUAACUGGCCAACACAUGGUGAUAUUAAGUUCGAAAACUACUCAACACGCUAUAGGCCAGAAUUGGAGUUGGUGUUGAAAAACAUUAAUAUUCACAUCAAUCCGCAGGAAAAAAUUGGUAUUGUAGGUCGUACCGGUGCAGGAAAAUCUUCAUUGACUUUAGCAUUAUUCAGAAUAAUUGAAGCUGCACAGGGCCGUAUUUUGAUAGACGACGUAGCCACUGAUACGAUUGGUUUGAGUGAUCUCAGACAUCACUUAUCAAUCAUUCCACAAGACUCGCAAGUAUUUGAAGGUACUGUUAGGGACAAUAUCGAUCCCACAAACGACUAUAGCGAUGAUCAGAUAUGGCAUGCUCUGGAGCUAUCACAUUUAAAGGACCACAUACUGGGUCUUGGUGAUGAUGGUUUAAACACCAAGUUGACGGAAGGUGGAAGUAAUUUAUCUGUUGGCCAGAGACAGCUGAUGUGUCUAGCGAGGGCGCUACUGAUACCUUCUAAGAUUCUUGUGUUAGAUGAGGCGACUGCAGCGGUUGACGUUGAGACGGAUCGCGUUUUGCAAGAGACCAUAAGAACGGCGUUUAAGGACCGUACUAUUUUGACAAUAGCUCACAGGUUGAAUACGAUCAUGGAUAGCGACAGAAUUAUUGUUCUCGACAAGGGCCAAGUGGCUGAAUUUGAUUCGCCUAGCAAUCUGUUGAAAGAUGAACACUCACUAUUUUAUUCCCUUUGUCAAGAAGCGGGUCUAACCGAAGAUUAG